UGAAAGCUUUCACGCGGCUAGCCGGACUCGAAGUUCGAGGCGUCGAUCGACGCGCUAGCUCGCGAUGGAGGGCGGCGGCAAAGCCCCGGUGUCGUCGGAGCACGGGGAGGCCUCCGCCAAGGCCGCCGCGGCGGCGCUCGAGGCGGCCCGCGGCGGGGGCACGGCGGCGAGCCGCGGGCUGGGCGUGCUCGAGCUCAUCCUCCGCUUCGUCGCGGUGGUCGCCACCGUCGGCAGCGCCAUCGCCAUGGGCACCACCAACCAGACGCUGCCGUUCUUCACGCAGUUCCUCCGGUUCAAGGCGCAGUACGAUGAUCUUCCGACGCUGACGUUCUUCGUGGUGGUGAACUCCAUCGUCGCCGCCUACUUGGUCCUGUCGAUCCCUCUGUCCAUCGUGCACAUCAUCAGAAGCAGGGCGAAGUACAGCAGGCUGGUCUUGGUCUUCUUCGAUGCGGUGAUGCUGGCGCUGGUGACGUCGGCGGCAUCGGCGGCCGCGGCGAUCGUGUACCUGGCGCACAAGGGCAACGCCAGGGCCAACUGGUUCGCCAUCUGCCAGCAGUUCGACGCCUUCUGUGAGCGCAUCUCGGGCUCCCUCAUCGGCUCCUUCGCGGCCAUGGUGCUACUCGUGCUCAGGGUUAACAUUUUCGGUCGAAUUUCGCCGAAAUUUCGGUAUUUUUUUUUUUGUUUUCGCUAUACACCGGGAAAAGAAAUUUCGGUACUUUUCGUCAUUUUCCGUUUUCAAAUUUAAAAAUUAAGAAAUAUUUAUAAAAAAUUCGGAAAAAAUAUGAUAAAAAACUAGGUGUUCUUCUAAGCAAAUAGGAUUAGAACACACUCAAAUCUAAGAUCAUUUGCUAGGCUAAAAUUACAUUUUAGUUGAAAAACAAGGUUAUUUGUAGUCUAAUGAGGUAGAAUUUAUAGUUGAAAGUUGGCAUAAGAGGUAACGAAGUACGAAAGCACACCUUUCAGAAUGCUUUAACAAUUCUCUAUAUAAAUUGAAUCCAAAAAAAAAUUCAAACACUGUCACAUGAAUUGAUAACCAAUUCAAAUCAUGUUUGUCUUGGAUUUAAAACAACUUUCAAUUGGAUCAACCAAUGUCCCUGAAAUUUUAUAAACA